GGCCGAUAACCUCCCUUUUUAAAGAGCCCUUUCCUGCAACUGCUCUCUCUCUCUCUCUCUCUCUCUCUCUCUCUCUCUCUCCAUCCUUUCACUGUUUCUGCCAUGGCCGAUACCCAAGAACGAAACGCUACGAAACAUACUGAAGCAAAGAAACGGAAGAUCAUGCCGUUCCCCUGCAGCCACGACGCCAUCAAGAAGUCAGCGUCGUGCGAUCCGGCGCAAGCGCUUGCGAACGCGCGGCACGAGUUCGGCGAGCACGGUGGCGUGAACAUGUCCAUUGAGGCAUCUGCGACGUUCACCGUCAUGGAGCCCGAAACCAUGCGGCGGAUGUUCUCUGGUGAGCUGGGCCCCGAUCGCGACUUCUUCAUCUACAGCCGUCACUUCAACCCCACCGUCUUGAACCUCAGCCGUCAGAUGGCUGCGAUCGAGGGUACCGAGGCCGCCUAUUGCACAUCCAGUGGGAUGGCCGCGAUCUCGUCCGUGCUGCUGCAGAUCUGUAGCAGCGGUGGACACGUGGUGGCGUCCAGCUGCCUUUACGGUGGGACCCACGCGCUGCUGACGCACUUCUUUCCGAGGGCGUGCAACAUAACGACGACGUUCGUGGACGUGAGGGAUUUGGAGCAGGUGAGGGACGCGAUCAAGGAAGGGAUAACGAAGGUGUUGUACGUGGAGUCCAUUUCCAACCCGACGCUGACGGUCGCGAAUAUACCGGAGUUGUGUGCAAUCGCGCAUGAGAAGGGCGUGAUGGUGGUGGUGGACAAUACAUUCGCGCCCAUGGUGUUAUCGCCGGCUCGGCUUGGCGCGGACGUCGUGGUUCACAGCAUUUCUAAGUUCUUAAGCGGCGGGGCCGACAUAAUCGCAGGUGUGGUCUGUGGCCCAGCUAGCUUGGUGAAUUCCAUGAUGGACCUUCACCAAGGAGCACUGAUGCUCCUAGGCCCCACCAUGAAUGCGAAGGUUGCGUUCGAGAUUUCCGAGCGAUUGCCCCACCUUGCCAUCCGAAUGAAGGAGCACUGCCACCGUGCGUUGGUCUACGCCACGAGGAUGAAGAAACUCGGGCUCAAGGUCAUAUACCCCGGCCUCGAGGACCACCCCCAGCACGCGCUCCUCAAAUCAAUGGCGAAUUCGGACUAUGGGUUCGGGGGGCUUCUUUGCCUCGACAUGGAGACAGAGGAGAAGGCGAACCGUCUGAUGCACUACUUGCAGAACUUCGCUCAGUUCGGGUUCAUGGCGGUGAGCUUGGGCUACUACGAGACAUUGAUGUCUUGCUCCGGGAGCAGCACCAGCAGCGAGUUGAAUGCUGAGGAGAAGGAGCUCGCUGGUAUUUCGCCGGGCCUUGUGAGGAUGUCUAUUGGAUACAGUGGUACGCUGGAGCAGAGAUGGGGCCAGUUUGAGAAAGCUCUUACCAGGAUGCAACAAGAUGGGGGCGUUUUUAAUAAGAUAUGAAUUCUGAUGGAGUUAUCUUUGGGUGUGAUGUUAAAACUUGUAAAUAAAACCUGAACUUAAGAACCAACGGUUAUAUGUUGGUUGGGCCAGUUGAAAGUCUAUAAAUACCAGUCCUUCACCGUA